ACGUCUUCGCCAAAUAUUUCCAAUCCCACCCACUAUCCAACGAUAAAACCGUCAUACAAGCAUCACGCCUCGCACUCUCCAAUUUCUCUCUCCCGCCAAAAUGUCCGCCGCCGUCGAAUCUAAAUACCAGCCCCACGACAUGCAAUUCCGGCGCCUGGGCCCCGCCGGCCUCAAAGUCUCCGUCUUCUCCCUGGGCGGCUGGCUCACGUACGGAAAGACGCAGACGGGCGACGUAGUCAAGGACUGCCUGCAGGCGGCGUGGGACAAUGGCAUCAAUUUCUUCGAUACCGCGGAGGUUUAUGCGAAUGGCCAAUGUGAGGUGGAGAUGGGAAGGGCGUUGAAGGAGUUGGCCUGGCCCAGGGAUGAAUUUGUGCUGAGUACGAAGGUGUAUUUUGGGACGGGCAGAAAGGAGCCGAAUACGAGGGGUCUGUCGAAGAAGCAUAUUGUGGAGGGCCUGAAGAGCUCAUUGCAGAGGUUGCAGCAACCGUACGUGGACAUUGUGUUUGCCCAUCGGCAUGACCCUGACGUCCCGAUGAAAGAGAUUGUAGAAGCGUUCACGCAGGCGAUCCACAUGAACCUCGCCUACUACUGGGGAACGUCCGAAUGGUCCGCAAAGCAGAUCCAAGAAGCCCACGAUAUCGCCGAGAAGUACAACCUCAUCGCCCCUGUGGCAGAACAACCUCAAUACAACGCCUUCCACCGCGAACGAUUCGAGAGCGAAUACGCACCCCUCUAUGAACAAUUCCAAUACGGUACUACAAUCUGGAGCCCGUUGGCUUCUGGCCUUUUGACCGGAAAGUACGAUCAGGGUAUCCCCGAUGACUCCCGGUUUGCGACCCACGAGAUGUUUAAGGAGGAGGCGGCGAAGUUGAAGAGCCCCGAGGGACAGGCUAAGCUAGAAAAAGUCAGGAAGCUGGGCAAGGUCGCUGAGCGUCUGGGCGGAAACACUGCUCAGCUUGCUCUUGCGUGGGCGGCGAAGAACCCCAACGUCUCGACUGUCAUUCUUGGAGCAACGAAGCCUCAGCAGGUGCACGAUAACUGCAAGGCACUUCAGCUGCUGCCAAAGCUCACGGACGAAGUCGUGGACGAGAUCGAGUCGAUCCUUCAGAACAAGCCCAACAGCAAGCUAUGAGCACGUGGUCAAUAUCCUCAAGCGAGCCUCAGGCAUGUACAGCUCGAAUGCAAGUCCGUCAAGUAACGCGUAGAUAGGUGGUAUAGACUCCCGAUGAAUCCAUUGCAUAUCGAUCGAGUCCGCGUUGCAGCAAUAUGCGCCUG